AUGGCAAGCAAGUCUGCACACGGGACCCUGAGGCCGGCUGAGAUCCUGUCCAGCCUUGAGGUCUUUGGCCCCAAGGGGACAGGCCUGAUGGUGCAGAAAAGCAUCACACCUGGCUGCAGAGCCAUGGCAGGGCCCACAGACAUCCACGCAGUAUCAGGACCCAAGGACAAGGCCACGGCCAAUAGUUUUCCACCAGGACAGAGGAGCCAGACACAGACAGACAUCCUGUCAGAACAUUCCAGGGGAGUUAGAGCAGGGAAGAGGGACCAGGAUACUGAGAAAGCUGCCAUCAGAAUUGGUGGCUGCCUUUCUGAAUCUAAUAAAAGCAAAGAGCAGGCACUGGUGUCCCUGAACCAGCAGAGCAAUCAUGGGAUUUGGGUCACUUCCUUGCCUACACCUAUCCUCAUCCUGGAGGAAAGAGAGGUGCUCAAGAGCACGGCCCUGAGAGUUCAGCCUGCGCAGUGGGCCCGGGGGGCGUGGGGAGAACCCACUGACCUGAGUGCGGGGCUCCUCUCCGGACAGCUCAGGUGUGCGGGCCUUUCACUUGUCCCCCCCACCUCCGAACAUGAGAGCCGAGAAACGAGCAGCAGGCUACUGACCCACCGACCAACUAACCGACCAACCAGCGGACCGACCGGCAGCGGCCGCGGCCGGAGCCCACGUGACGGGGGCGGGGACCCACGGGAGACUCGGGAGGCUCGUGCCGGAGUGCCCGCUCCCAGACCGCCCCCCCGCCUUCCCCCGGGACCGCCCCUCUGCCACGCCCCCUCCCUCUAG